GGGUGGCCAGUUUUGUGCGUGGCAGAAGCAUUAACUUGGCACUCUCUCACAGAGGACGCCAGGCCCUCAAAGCUGUGGGGAUGGAAGACCAGGUACCCUCCUCCCUUCCAGUUAAGAUGCUGUUAACUUAGGUUGGCAAUGGAUGUGCGCUCUCUCUUCUGCUCCCUAAGCACUGAGGUGUCUCUGCAGGGAUAGCUCCGCUUUCGUGAGGGCUGAGAUAAACCUCUCCUGCUGUGUGCCAGCAGCCUUGCUCUCCACUGCCUUGUGGCAUGGGGCUGGAACCCUGAUCUCCGAGUAGGUGGGGCUCUGCUGAGGCCUGCAGACUUUGACAGAGGGUACUUGCCAGUCAUGACACCCCCUCUGAGACCACCAGUCGAACAGCUUCUCCCAGUGUUUCCCUCUCCUCUCUGCUCUUUUCCCUCCUGGAGGGUGAGGGCAAACACAGCAGAAGUCAGUGGAAUCCCAAAAGGGCUGGAGUGCCACCAGGAAGUGACAGAGCAGCUGAUUUUACCUCCGACAUGCCCAGAUUGUGUCCAAAGGCGUUCCUAUGCGGGCAAGGAGGAUACACACACCUACAGGGAAAAAGUAUUCUAUCCCCUAUGGGAAGAAGGACCAGUACAUUCUCUCUGUGGACAGAGCAAAUCUAAAUGGAGAGCUGCUAACAGCUGCAGAGAAGUACUCCAAUACUAAACUGUACUUUGGACACAAACUCCUGGAGUGCAACGCAGAGUUAGGGGCAUUAACCAUAAAAAGUUCUGAUCAGCCGCCCAUGGAAGUCACUUAUGAUCUCAUUGUGGGAUGCGAUGGAGCCUUCUCAACCGUCAGAAAGCAGUUCAUGAGGCAAACGCGCUUUAACUACAGUCAUGAGUACAUUCCUCAUGGCUAUAUGGAGCUGACCAUCCCCCCCAAGGAUGGAGACUUUGCCAUGGAACCAAACUGCCUCCAUAUCUGGCCGAGAAACACCUUCAUGAUGAUUGCACUACCUAACAUGGACAAGUCCUUCACGUGCACGCUCUUCAUGCCCUUCGAAGAAUUUGAGAAACUCACAACUGGCGAGCAAGUACUGGAUUUUUUCCAGACCUACUUUCCAGAUUCAAUUCCCCUCAUUGGAGAGCGAGAGCUGAAGCGUGAUUACUUUUUGCUGCCAGCCCAGGCCAUGAUAUCUGUGAAGUGUUCUUCCUACCACAUCGCUUCCCGGUGUGUGUUGAUGGGAGAUGCUGCGCAUGCUGUUGUGCCGUUCUACGGGCAAGGCAUGAAUGCGGGCUUUGAGGAUUGUUUGGUUUUUGAUGAGUUAAUGGACCAGUUCCACAAUGACCUCGGCGUUUGCCUUCCUGAGUUCUCCAGGCUGAGGGUGCCAGACGACCACGCGAUCUCAGAUUUAGCCAUAUACAAUUACAUAGAGAUGCGAGAGCAUGUGAAUUCAAUGUGGUUCAUUUUCCGAAAGCACGUCGACAACUUCCUCCACACCCUCAUGCCUUCCACCGUCAUCCCGCUGUACACCAUGGUCACGUUCACCAGAAUUCGCUACCAUGAAGCAUUGCAGCGCUGGAAGUGGCAGAAAAAGGUAAUUAAUCGAGGGCUCUUUGUCAUGGGGGCAGCAGGACUGGGUGGCACCUACCUGCUCAUAAAGCGGCUGGCACGGGAUACUGACUUCUGCGUAGAAAACCUGUGGGGCUAUCUCAAGAAUAUUGGAAAAUUUUCCUUCAACACACAAGUGUAAGGGGAGCUCCUACCUGGAAUAAAGUGAAGGCAUGGGCUGUUGGCUCA